AUGGCUCCAGGUAAGAAAGUUGCUCCAGCUCCAUUCGCCGCCAAGUCUUCUAAGACUGGUAAGGCUAAGAACCCAUUGACCAACUCUACUCCAAAGAACUUUGGUAUUGGUCAAGCUAUCCAACCAAAGAGAAACUUGUCUAGAUACGUCAAAUGGCCAGAAUAUGUCAGAUUACAAAGACAAAAGAAGAUCUUGGCUGUUAGAUUAAAGGUUCCACCAACUAUUGCUCAAUUCCAAUACACUUUGGACAGAAACACUGCUGCUCAAACUUUCAAAUUGUUCAACAAGUACAGACCAGAAACUGCUGCUGAAAAGAAAGAAAGAUUGACCAAGGAAGCCGCUGCUAUUGCUGAAGGUAAGACCAGACAAGAAGCUUCUCCAAAGCCAUACGCUGUUAAGUUUGGUUUGAACCACGUUGUUUCUUUGAUCGAAAACAAGAAGGCUAAAUUGGUCUUGAUCGCUAACGAUGUUGACCCAAUUGAAUUAGUUGUUUUCUUACCAGCUUUGUGUAAGAAGAUGGGUGUCCCAUACGCCAUUGUCAAGGGUAAGGCUAGAUUAGGUACUUUGGUUCACCAAAAGACCUCUGCCGUAGCUGCUUUGACUGAAGUUAGAGCUGAAGAUGAAGCUGAAUUAGCUAAAUUAGUCUCUACCAUCAAUGCUAACUUUGCUGAAAAAUACGAUGAAGUUAAGAAGCACUGGGGUGGUGGUUUAGUCGGUGCCAAGGCUCAAGCCAAGUUGGACAAGAGAGCUAAGGCUUCCUCCGUCUAA